AUGGCUACCAAGGACAAGAGGCCCAACACCUUGACGCUGGACUGGGCGAGGAGGUGCUCGAAUGCACCGUUUCGCAGCCCCGUCCCUCCACUACCCGACAAGCAGCGCAUGGAAUAUGUCCGAGGGGACCGCUUCGGCCCCGAUUUUACCAACCGCCGAGCGCACUCUCUACAGCGAUUCCUCGCCCGACUAUCUCUGCACCCUGUACUUCGCCGAGCUGAUAUACUGCACAUAUUUCUGGAGAGCCAAGAAUGGAACGCAACCAUGCGCUCUCGAGGCUCACGGGGUUCUCAGAGUAGCGAUGGCGCCAACAACGGCGUGUUUGACAACCUGACUGAGUCGUUCAUGACAGCAUUCUCCAAGGUCCACAAGCCAGACAAGCGAUUUAUCGAGGUUCGGGAGCGGAGCGACAAACUUGACGAAGAUCUGGUGCAGAUUGAGAAGAUUGUCGCCCGAGUCGCCCGUAGGGAGAACGAUAUCGAGACCGAUCAGCGAGACCUGGCCGAGCAGUUCCAAAAACUCAUCCUUCUUGAACCUGGUGUGGAGACGGCAGUCCAUCAUUUUGCAGCGUCUAUCGAAGAUACCGCCCACGGCACACGGGAUCUCAGGGACAUCACAGACCAGGACUACCUCGGUAGUCUGAGAGAUAUGCAAGCGUAUAGCCUGGCGCUGAAGAGCCUUCUCAAGGCGCGCGAACAGAAGCAGGUAGACUUCGAAUCACUCGUCGAGUACCUUAACAAGGCCACCGCGGAACGAGACGGUGCGUUGUCGGGUCACGGGGGCUCUGGACUGUCUGGCGCAAGCGGAUUCAUCACGCGCAAGUUCGAAGAUGUCCGUGGUGUCGAUCACGAACAGGCACGACGCGAGCGACGGGUCAAGCUUGAGCGCAAGAUCGACGACCUCACCGGUGCCAUCGAGCUGGCCAAGAGAACGAGCGAGGGUUUCGACAAUGAGGUUGUCAAAGAAAUCAACGACUUCGAGCGCAUCAAACGGGCUGAGUUCAAGUUGCAAUUAGGAGGCCUCGCGGACGCACAUAUUGACUACUAUGGCAAGGUGACUAAUAUUUGGGAGCAGUAUGUGCGGGGACAUGGAGAAACAAGGCGUCACACAGCCCACCGAUGGGCCGGAACCACCAGGCAGGCAACUGUUGUAAGGGCAAUGCAGUUUUUACUUUGA